GUAGUCUCACAAUCUGCCUUCAGAGGCUCUUUACGUGGGGCAUCUUCCACAGUUUCUGCUUCUGGAGGUGGUAGUGGUGCUGCUGCAACUCACAAUCCCUUUUCUCAAUCUAAAGUUGGAAGGUUCGGGACCUCUGAUGCCAUAACAGCUACACAGAAUAAAAGUAGUUCUCUGAAAGACAGUGUUUUGACGUUGCAUCCAGAAGAUUCUAGAAUUAUCAAGGAUAAAUGUGUAAAGGAAGGAAGAGAUGUUGAUUCUGAUCUUCAGAUGCAUCCUCUGCUGUUCCAGGCCCCAGAAGAUGGACGUCUGUCCUAUUUCCCGUUGAACUGCAGCAACAGCAAUUCUAGUCCUUUCAGUUUUCUUUCAGCAAAUCAGCCUCAGCUACAUUUAAGCCUUUUUUCAUAAUCCUCAACAAGGAAGCCAUGUUGAUGGUUUUGACAAAUCACUGAAGUCACCCAACUCAACAUCUCGUGCCAUUGAUUUCCAUCCACUGAUGCAAAGAACUGAUUAUGUAAGUAGUGCCAAAGUAACAACAUGCUCAACUGCACCCCUUUCUGCUGGUUCAGGGGGAAACCGUUCUCAAGACCAAUAUCCUUGUGAUACUGGUUCAACUCAGUUGUCGGUCAAUGCUGAUCCACAGGCUAUGGGCACUAAUGAGAGAGCUAAUGAACUGGACUUGGAGAUCCACCUAAGUUCUACAUCUAAAAAGGAAAAAGCUUCAAAAAGGAGAGAUGUCACUGUUAAUAAUUCAGUUAAAUCAAGAAUAAUGGCUCCAGAAAAGACAACUCAAUGUCCUAAUGGUUCAUUGCUUCGGCAGGCUGAAAGUUCUUCAGCUCGUGGUAGCGAGCUUGUUGUACCAAGUAAUAAUAUUAGCAGGUACAAAGUAGAUGAUACAGGUGACCAGUCCCAACCUGAUAUUCAGAUGGAACAGGAAGAGUUGAGCGACUCUGAUGAAGAAAAUGAAGAAAAUGUUGAGUUUGAGUGUGAGGAGAUGACUGAUUCUGAAGGAGAGGGGGGAUCGGCGUGUGAAGAAAUAUUUGAGAUGCAGAAUAAGGAUGUUCCAUCGUUUGCAAUGAAAAGACCUGCAACAGCAGAUCUUGAUGGCAAGGAGUGUGAGCCAAAAGCCACUUAUCGUCCUCAGGACAAUAUUCACAGAAUUCCUUACUUGGACGAUGCCAGUAAUUCUUCAUGGUUAAGUUUGGAUUCGUGCGCGCCAGAUCACCCUUUGCGCAUUAUGUCCAAGUAUGACGAAAGUACAAUGGACAGCAGUUUUGCUGCCAAAGACUUGCAGUCAUCUUGGCCUGCUCGGUCUUGUAAGAAGGCAAAACUGAGCACAAGGGGAGGUGCAACGCAGAAACAAGCGGUGGACAUGACGCACCAACUGAGCCUGGGUCCUCCAUCAAAUCCGACGGUGAGCAAACCCAGGAAGCGUGUAUCGGGAUCGAGUACAUGUUUGAACAUAGGAAUGACUGUAGAAAACUCCGGCAGUGAUGGCUAACAUAAAAGAUUUUCAAAUGACUCUGCACCCUUACUAA